CCGCGAGGGGCUCCUCCCCCCUCCCCUCAGACGGGGCGAGGGCGGCGAUGGCGCGUCCGGCGGAGGCGGCUGCGGGCGCCGCUCCGGCCGCUCCGGCCCCUCGGUGCCCUGCCCGCGGCCGCGGCUGCGAGUAGGGCCCGCACAGACAUGAGGCAUCUAUUAACAAGCUAAAAGUGACAGAACCAUGGCUCAGUUUCCAACACCUUUUGGGGGCAACCUGGAUAUCUGGGCUAUUACUGUGGAGGAGAGAGCAAAACAUGAUCAACAGUUCCAUAGUCUGAAACCAACUGCUGGAUUUAUCACUGGUGAUCAAGCCAGGAACUUUUUUUUCCAAUCUGGGUUACCUCAGCCAGUGCUAGCACAGAUAUGGGCUCUAGCUGACAUGAACAAUGACGGGAGGAUGGAUCCCUUGGAGUUUUCCAUAGCUAUGAAACUCAUCAAGCUGAAGCUCCAGGGUUACCAGCUCCCGGCCGCGCUGCCGCCCGUCAUGAAGCAGCCGCCCCUCGCCCUGCCCGGUGCCCCAGGAUUUGGUCUCGGGGGCAUUGCCAACAUGCCAUCCCUCACCACCGUGGCCCCGGUGCCCAUGGCAUCCAUCCCAGUCGUGGGGAUGUCCCCCCCACUGGUGUCCUCUGUCCCUGCCGCCGUCCCUCCCCUGGCUAACGGAGCUCCUGCUGUCAUCCAGCCCCUGCCUGCUUUCGCUCACCCCGCCACUUUGCCAAAGAGUUCUUCCUUCAGCCGCUCGGGGCCGGGAGCUCAGCUCAAUGCCAAGCUGCAAAAGGCACAAUCCUUCGACGUGGCCAGCUCUCCUGCCGUGGCAGAGUGGGCUGUGCCUCAGUCCUCACGGCUCAAGUACCGGCAGCUCUUCAACAGCCACGACAAAACCAUGAGUGGGCACCUGACAGGUCCCCAAGCAAGAACGAUUCUCAUGCAGUCAAGUUUACCCCAGGCUCAGCUGGCUACAAUAUGGAAUCUCUCUGACAUUGAUCAAGAUGGGAAGCUGACAGCUGAGGAGUUUAUCCUGGCUAUGCACCUCAUUGAUGUAGCCAUGUCUGGUCAGCCACUGCCACCUGCCCUGCCCCCAGAGUACAUCCCACCCUCAUUCAGAAGAGUCCGCUCUGGCAGUGGGGUUUCUGCUGCCAGUUCAGUGUCUGUAGACCAAAGGUUACCUGAGGAACCAGCAUUGGAGGAAGAACAGCAGCAACUGGAAAAGAAAUUACCAGUGACGUUCGAGGACAAGAAGCGGGAGAACUUCGAGCGGGGCAACCUGGAGCUGGAGAAGCGCAGGCAGGCACUGCUGGAGCAGCAGCGCAAGGAGCAGGAGAGGCUGGCCCAGCUGGAGAGGGCCGAGCAGGAGAGGAAGGAGCGCGAGCGGCAGGAGCAGGAGCGCAAGAGGCAGCUGGAGCUGGAGAAGCAGCUGGAGAAACAGCGGGAGCUGGAGCGGCAGCGCGAGGAGGAGAGGAGGAAGGAGAUCGAGAGGAGAGAGGCUGCCAAACGGGAGCUGGAGAGGCAGAGGCAGCUGGAGUGGGAGCGCAACCGGCGGCAGGAGCUGCUGAACCAGAGGAACAAGGAGCAGGAGGACAUCGUGGUGCUCAAGGCCAAGAAGAAAACCCUGGAGUUUGAGCUGGAAGCUCUCAAUGAUAAAAGAAACCAGUUGGAGGGGAAGCUUCAGGAUAUCAGGUGUCGGCUGUCGACCCAAAGACAAGAAAUUGAAAGUACAAAUAAAUCCAGAGAACUCAGAAUUGCAGAAAUCACCCAUUUGCAGCAGCAGCUACAGGAGUCCCAGCAGAUGCUGGGCAGGCUGAUUCCAGAGAAGCAGCUGCUCAAUGAUCAGCUCAAGCAGGUCCAGCAGAACAGUUUGCACAGGGAUUCCCUCCUCACCAUCAAAAGAGCCUUGGAAGCCAAGGAACUGGCACGGCAGCAGCUCCGGGACCAGCUGGAUGAGGUGGAGAAAGAAACCAGAUCUAAACUGCAGGAAAUUGAUAUUUUCAAUAAUCAGCUGAAGGAGCUGAGAGAAAUCCAUAACAAACAGCAGCUCCAGAAACAGAAGAGCCUGGAAGCUGAGAAGUUGAAACAGAAGGAACAGGAAAGGAAGACAGUGGAACUGGAAAAGCAGAAAGAAGCUCAGAGGCGGAUCCAGGACCGGGACAAACCACGCCUGGAGCGGGGACAGCCAGAGGAGGAGCCACAGUGGCAAAAAAAAAUCCAGGAAGAUGACAAGCAGAAAAGGGAAGAACUACCCAAGAAGAAGGAAAGUGAGGAUAAGGGGAAACAGGAGAUGCAGGAGAAGCUGAGUAAACUCUUCCAGCCCCACCAGGAGCCCAGCAAGCCUGGCCAGGCUCCAUGGUCCAACGCAGAGAAAGCUCCUCUAACCAUUUCUGCUCAGGAGGAUGUAAAAAUAGUGUAUUAUAGAGCUCUGUAUCCUUUUGAAUCCAGAAGCCACGACGAGAUCACCAUCCAGCCUGGAGACAUCGUCAUGGUGGAUGAAAGCCAGACUGGAGAGCCAGGAUGGCUCGGUGGAGAACUGAAGGGGAAGACUGGAUGGUUCCCUGCAAACUAUGCAGAGAAGAUUCCAGACAGUGAAGUUCCAGCCUCUGCCAAGCCUGUGGCUGAGCCCUCUGCUGCUCCCAAAGUGUCUGUGCAGGAAAGCUCCACUGCCCUGGGAGCCCCUGCCCCUGCAGAGGCUCCUGCAGCAGCCAACAACUGGGCAGACUUCAGCUCCACCUGGCCAGCAAACAGCAGUGAGAAGGCAGAGAGUGAUAACUGGGAUGCCUGGGCAGCCCAGCCCUCGCUGACCGUGCCCAGCGCGGGGCAGCUCCGGCAGCGCUCGGCCUUCACCCCUGCCACUGUCACCGGCUCGUCCCCGUCCCCUGUGCUGGGCCAGGGUGAAAAAGUGGAGGGGCUUCAGGCCCAGGCUCUGUAUCCCUGGAGAGCAAAGAAGGACAACCACCUGAACUUCAACAAGAACGACGUGAUCACCGUGCUGGAGCAGCAGGACAUGUGGUGGUUUGGGGAGGUGCAGGGCCACAAGGGCUGGUUCCCCAAAUCCUAUGUCAAGCUCAUCUCAGGCCCCAUUAGGAAGUCCACGAGCAUGGAUUCUGGUUCCUCAGAAAGUCCUGCUAGUCUGAAAAGAGUAGCAUCCCCAGCAGCCAAGGCAGCAGUGUCAGGGGAAGAGUACAUUGCCAUGUACACCUACGAGAGCUCGGAGCAGGGGGACCUCACUUUCCAACAAGGUGACCUGAUCCUGGUGACAAAGAAAGAUGGUGACUGGUGGACGGGAACGCUGGGUGAUAAAUCAGGAGUUUUCCCAUCUAAUUAUGUGAGACUCAAAGAUUCUGAGGCUCCAGGAGCAGCUGGGAAAACAGGAAGCUUAGGGAAGAAACCUGAAAUUGCCCAAGUUAUUGCCUCUUACACAGCAACAGGCCCAGAACAGCUGACUCUUGCUCCUGGCCAGUUGAUUCUCAUCAGAAAGAAGAAUCCAGGUGGUUGGUGGGAAGGAGAGCUCCAAGCGCGCGGCAAGAAGCGCCAGAUCGGCUGGUUCCCGGCCAACUACGUCAAGCUGCUGAGCCCUGGCACCAGCAAGAGCACCCCCACCGAGCUGCCCAGGCCUGCAGCACCCUCAGUGUGCCAGGUGAUCGGCAUGUACGACUACAGCGCGCAGAACGACGACGAGCUGGCCUUCAGCAAGGGCCAGAUCAUCACCGUGCUCAACAGGGAGGACCCCGACUGGUGGAAGGGGGAGGUCAACGGCCACGUGGGGCUCUUCCCCUCCAACUACGUGAAGCUGACCACGGACACGGACCCGAGCCAGCAGUGGUGUGCAGACCUGCACCUGCUGGACAUGCUGACCCCCACCGAGAGGAAGAGGCAGGGCUACAUCCACGAGCUCAUCGUCACCGAGGAGAACUACGUCACCGACCUGCAGCUGGUGACAGAGAUCUUCCAGAAACCACUGAUGGAGUCUGAGCUGGUCACAGAAAAAGAAGUUGCCAUGAUUUUUGUCAAUUGGAAGGAGCUGAUUAUGUGCAAUAUAAAACUACUGAAUGAAUCUUUGGCUGGUGUGUUUAUGGCUCUCUGGGUGUCCAUAAUGAAUGAGAACCCAGCCCUUUGUCCAACCCGUGCCCUGCUGCUGCUCAGGGCCCUGCGGGUGAGGAAGAAGAUGUCUGGGGAGAAGAUGCCGGUGAAGAUGAUCGGGGACAUCCUGACAGCACAGCUGCCCCACAUGCAGCCCUACAUCCGCUUCUGCAGCUGCCAGCUCAACGGGGCCGCCCUCAUCCAGCAGAAAACCGAUGAAGUGCCCGACUUCAAGGAGUUUGUCAAGAGGUUAGCAAUGGAUCCUCGCUGUAAAGGAAUGCCACUGUCAAGUUUUCUACUAAAGCCUAUGCAACGGGUAACCAGAUACCCACUAAUCAUUAAAAAUAUCAUAGAGAACACCCCCGAGAACCACCCUGACCACAGCCACCUGAAGCACGCCCUGGAGAAGGCGGAGGAGCUGUGCUCGCAGGUGAACGAGGGCGUGCGGGAGAAGGAGAACUCGGACAGGCUGGAGUGGAUCCAGGCCCACGUGCAGUGCGAGGGCCUCUCCGAGGGCAGCCCCGAUUGUUUCACUUUAUACAGUGCGUUGUUGUUCUUCUUCUACUUUUCGCAGCAACUCGUUUUUAAUUCAGUUACAAACUGCUUGGGACCACGCAAGUUCCUGCACAGUGGGAAGCUCUAUAAAGCCAAGAGUAACAAGGAGCUGUAUGGUUUUCUCUUCAACGACUUCCUCCUCCUCACUCAGAUCAUAAAACCUCUUGGCUCUUCCGGCACAGACAAGGUCUUCAGCCCCAAGUCCAACCUGCAGUACAAAAUGUACAAAACUCCCAUUUUCCUAAACGAGGUACUGGUGAAAUUACCCACAGACCCUUCUGGAGAUGAGCCCAUCUUCCACAUCUCCCACAUUGACAGAGUCUACACACUCCGGGCUGAAAGCAUUAAUGAAAGGACUGCCUGGGUUCAGAAGAUCAAAGCUGCUUCAGAACUUUACAUAGAGACUGAAAAGAAGAAGAGGGAAAAGGCCUACUUAGUUCGCUCUCAGAGAGCCACAGGCAUCGGGAGGCUGAUGGUGAAUGUUGUAGAAGGCAUUGAGCUAAAACCCUGCAGGUCCCAUGGAAAGAGCAACCCCUACUGCGAGGUGACUAUGGGCUCCCAGUGCCACAUCACCAAGACCAUCCAGGACACCCUCAAUCCCAAGUGGAAUUCCAACUGCCAGUUCUUCAUCAAGGACCUGGAGCAGGACGUGCUGUGCAUCACGGUGUUCGAGCGGGACCAGUUCUCCCCGGACGACUUUUUGGGCAGGACAGAGAUCCGUGUGGCAGACAUCAAGAAGGAUCAGGGUUCCAAGGGACCAGUGACAAAGUGUCUCCUCCUGCACGAAGUCCCCACGGGAGAGAUCGUGGUGCGCCUGGACCUGCAGCUGUUUGAUGAGCCGUAGGAGAGAGGGGCCAGUGUCAGAAUUCAGCCAGAGGUCACUGCAGGAGGUGUCUGCAGAAGCUGUCACCGAGUCCUUGCUGGUGUGGCAUCAAACUACUGCUCGCCCUUCACACGUCAGAGGGUUAUCAAAGCAAACAGGAGCAUCUUUGUGCCUUGAUAAUUCUCACUGAACACACGAAUCCCAAUUUAGUGAGGAGAUCUCCCUCAAUCUCUCUGUGUGGAACUCGGCGUUGGUUUCCUGGGCUGGUGAAACAACCCUGUUGUUCCUUGUGCUGCAGUGGGGAUGGCUGGCAAAACACAUGGGUGGCUGUGCUUGCUCCAGCUCGUUAAUUCCCGUGGAGGAGGCAGUGUGGGUGUGUUUUGGAGGCUUCCUGAGGGUUUUCCCCUUUAGGAGUUCUGUGCCUAUUGCCUAGCAGAGUGGUGUGUAAAUGUGAGUGAAUGGAAGGAGCAGUUUUGCAGCAAGAAGAUCUCUGAAGAUCUUCAUGAUGGUACUGAAAAGACUUAGAAAAUAAAUAGUCUAUAUCUAUAAACAGAGAAGAUUCUAUUAACAUACCACUUCAUGACUUGUGUUGCCCCUGAAAAUAAAAGCUGUCCAGGCCUUCUGCACAGAGAUGAAUUGCACUCCAGAAGAGUCCAGCCCUCGGUCCCUGUGGAAGUUGCUGUUGUCCCCAGGACUGUAAGUGCUGGGGCAGGAGGCCAAGGGUGAGGCACAGAGCCCUGCUGGUGUCGUGUGUACCUCCUGGGUACUCCUGCACUGCUGCUGCCCCCAGGCUGAGCCUCACCUGCAGUGGGGAAGGAGAAACAAUCGUGGCUCCAGCUCAGGAAGUGAAGAUCCAGCCUGCAGGGCCUGGUGUGCCCAGGUACGGAGCUGAGCCGUGCUCACCUGUGUGCAACCAGGACACGGGGGCUUGGGGCAGCCCUGGGGGCUCGGGGCAGCUCCAGGGGCUCAGGGCAGCCCUGUCCUGCAGCUCCCACGGGGUGGCUGCUGGAUGUCACCAGAGAGCUCGUGGUGCUGCAGAGUGGGGAACCCAAAGCCAUCCGGGGAAUGCCAGGGCUCUCCAUCCCUUUCACUCCAUGGAUAACAAGGUCCAGGCCCACGUCCCUGUUUGGCAAAGCUCCUGGCUCCAGGCGGGCACAACGUCUGCUUUCCCUCAGGCACACGUGUGAGUGCUCUGCUGAGUCUGGACUCGGGGGGACAAAAGAUCCCUGAGAGUCAAAUUCCUCUUUGUUGUGCUUUGAUUCCUUUUGUUCAUGCCCUGCCACGCAUCCACUGGUAUUUUUGUAAGGACUUCAUUCCGGAUGGGAGGUGCCAGCCCGUGUCAUUCGCAUGUGAACGUUCUCGUGGAGCUGUUGUUAGGUUUUGGUGUUCCUUGCAUGUCCUUUCAGUACUGGUUCCCACCUCUCCUGUGUCGGCGGUGUUCUCUAGCACUCCAAGUCUUAUUGGUUUCCAUUAGGAAAUUAGGAUAUAUCCAUAACAGGUAGGUAGAUCAGUAUGGUAAUAAGUGUAAACUGUGCUGGGAAGUGUCUGUGUAUUAUAAUUUCCUAAAAGACCACUGUAAUGUUUCAAGCAAUGGGAAGGAAAAAAAUGUAUGUUGGAGGGACAACAAAGUUUACAUUUCAUACUUUUCAGAAUCGCUUUAUUAUUUAUUUAUUGAAGAUAGUGUAGAAUUUUGUAUCAGAAAUGACAGACAUACUUAUGUAUUUUUUGAAACAAAACAGAGAUACACACUUUAGUUAGAAACUUUCAACUGACCACAUUUUAGAGGGAGUGUGACUUCCUAGGCAUGCAUUUGUUUACCACUAACUGGCUGAAAACACGAUUAAGAGAACUUUAAGUUUCUAUUUUUCAAUGUUGUUAAGAAAAUUGUUUCAAUUAAAAUAUGUAAAUAGUACUAAACCCAUGCUUUCCUAAUUCCAUAUCAAUACAUUUUAUUAAAUAUAAUGUAUAUGAAAAUACACAUUGUUGUGGUAGGAUAAAAAAAAGUGAUAAAAUCUAUUACUGGAGUACCAUUAAAUGUCAUUGUCUAACCUUUUAUUGCUGUCCUAAUUUUACUCAGUGCUGCCAACAGGGUGAACAUUCAUUUCAGUGUUUCACAAGUAGCAUCACUUUGUUUGUUAAUAGUGUCAUUUCACCAGCAUCAAUUACAGUGACAGCUGAAAUGGCCAACAGGACCAAAAAAAUCUCGUGGCAGGAAUGCAGGAACCUUGGGCAGGGAUUUGGAGGGAGCCCCAAGGAGCUGCAGCUGCCUGAGGCUCAUUUGGUGCUGGAAGUGGGGGACUCUUCACUCAGGGCCCCUCUCAGACUGAAACCCCUGUCACAGACAUCAGAGAAUCCCACAAUGGUUUGGGUUGGAAGGGACCUUAAAGCCCAUCCAGUGCCACCCCUGCCAUGGGCAGUGACACCUUGCACUGUCCCAAGCCCCAUCCAACCUUGGACACUGCCAGGGAGGUGCUGUAGCAGCCUGUAGGAUUGCCCUGGUUUGGGGAAUUGUGACAGAAUAAGCACGAGCACCUUCCCAGCCCCACGGCUUGGGAUGUCCCACUCCCCCCGGAUGCACAGCACUGAACUCCUGCCACGUGCCAGCAGGGGUUACUCAAACAUUGAUGGGGAAAGGCUGGAGUUUGGCUCACAGAGAUCCAAUGAGUCCCUCAUACUCAGCCCAGUGCUAAAGGGGAAGCUCAUCCUGUCCCUGUGCACGGAGGACAGGCUCUGCCCAUGCCCUGGUGACGGUGUCACUGCCCUUGGAGCUCGGUGGCACAUCAGCACUGCCAGCUUCCCAGAAAGAACUGAGCUUCCUGGAGUCACAGAAUCCCCAAAUCCCCGGGGCUGGCACAGCCCUGCCAGCCCAGGCAGUGCCAGCUGUGCCCCAUGGCCACCUUGUCCCCAGCCCAGAGCACUCAGUGCCACCUGCAGGGGACACUGCAGGGAUGGGCACUGCCAAGCUCCCUGGGCAGCCCCUGCACUUGGAAGUGCUGUAAAAUAAAACCAUCCCCAGGCUGGCCUUGGCUCAGAGAUGCUGAGAGCCUGCCUGGGGCAGAGCUGAUAGAGAGAGCUGGGCUGGAAAGCCAAGAGAGGCUGCUCAGAGCUGGGCAAGGACUUGGGCACCUGGGGCACAGAGCCUGAGGCUCUGAGCUGACACUGAGCCAAACAGCUGAGUCAUUGCAGCAGGCUUUUUUCUAGAUGCACUUAAUUAUUCAGUAUUUUCUCAAUGUGAGUUUUUAUGAGGGCACUUUGUCAAUGCUCAUUGUGCAAUUUUUUUACCCUUUAAAAAUAAUUCAGUCACUUUUUGUUACGUGUGAGGAGGAUUGGGGUGGGAAACAUUGUGGGUAAUGGAGUUUUUUCUUACAUACCUUCUCAAAACUGAGAUGUGACAACUCCAGAGUCUGACUGCAACAGCAGUGCCUGGUUCCAGACUGCUCUGCUUGUCACAGUGAGAUCUUAGUUCAUUCAAAUCCAGCAGUCAAAGCUCUUGAAACAGGGAGAAGCUGGGAAUCAGGAGAAAUUGCUCUGAGGGUUUGCUCUGUGCUCUUGCUUUGUUCAGCCUCUCCACUCCUGUCCUACAUGCACAUUGCUGUAUCCAGAGUUCAGUACAUGUGAUUACUGUACAUAUAGCACAAAAACAGCUCUGUUGUCAUUGUCAAAUACCGAGUAAAUCUCACAGAAAAGCAUUUAAAGGCACCCGGUUUUGUUUGUUCAUUUAAAUAUUUUAAAAGAAGGAGUGUCCUCAGGAAAUUAUUCUUCUGUAUGUAGGAUAUAUUUAGAAUAUCAUUAAAAAAAUAAAGAACUGCA